AACCCCAUGUUGGGUGGAGAGAUUACUUAAAAAUCUUAAAAAAGUAAAAUUUCAGAAUCAUGAACAGGAUGACAUGAAGGAGUGAGCCUAGCGGGUAAGGGCAUGUCCUUGCGUGGGGGAGGAGGUAGGCCUCUGUGCAGGUGAAGCAGCCACGCACGGGAGGUUAGUGGGGGAGAUGCAGAGAGCGCCAGGUGGUGGGCACUGCAGUGCAGCGGCCCUGUGUGGGAACAGGAGAAGGCCAGGCUCGCUGGAGUGCGGUAGGCAAGGGGAAGAGAGUGACCGCUGAAAGCACGAGGUGGUCAGGGGCCAGUCGCAAAAGGCCUUGAAGUUACAAGGUUUGGAUUCAUUCUGAGUGCAGUGAAAACUACUGGAAAACUAUAAGCAUGGGUGUGACAUUGCCAGAUUUAUGUUGCCUAAAGACCACUCGGGUGCCUCUGUGGCAUUCCAGAAUCAAGCUGGCAAACCCUGCAGGACACAGCUGCAGUGUCCAGGCAGAGAAGAGAAGAGAAACAUAAAUCCGACUGUCCCUUCUCCACUUACACUCCCUGGGUGUCCCACCCACCUCUGUCCCCGAGAUCCUCAGGCCUGUGUGUCUGCCCACCUGGGCCAUCUACUUCAGGCAGGUGAUUGUCCCUCCCUGCCUUGAUAAAUCCUCUCCAGGCCUUAUGGGGUCUUGUCCAGAAGGUGCUCAAUCAGCUUGGGGGAUGGAGAGAGACCAAACCAUGAAGAAAUGAACGGAUUAAUCAGGAUGUUUUACACCAGAAGGGCCUUUAGAUAGAGGGUCCACCUGCUUCACCUUAGGCCUUAAGGGGAAAAGCAUCUUGCUCAGGGGGACACUCAAUUUAAUGGUCAGAGGGGGCACAGGAAAGCGGAACUCACCAGACCAAAAUGGUCCACAAGCAUCCUUCUGAAAUGAAAUUCUGACCACCUCACUCCCCGGCUCUAACCCUUGACUGGCUUCCUGCCGCCAGCAGCAGUGUUUACGUGAGAUCUGUGGACUUGCUAUGGACUGAAUCUUGUGUCUCCCUCUUCACCCCCCAUCAAAAUCCAUGUGUUAAAGCCCUAACCCCCAAUGUGACUCACUUGGAGAUAAGGCCUUAAAGAGGGUAAUAAAGAUUAAAUGAGGUAAUCAGGGCGGGACCCUGAUGCAAUAAUACUGGUCUCCUUAAAGAGGAAGACACACCAAGGGUGUGUGUGCACAGAGCGGCUGCCUGCAAGCCAGGGAGAAAGGCCUCACCGGAAACCAACCCUGCUGGCACCUUGAGUUUGGACUUCCAGCUGCCAGAACUGUGAGAAAAUAGAUUUCUGUUGUUUAAGCAGCCCAGUCUGUGGUAUUGUUAUGGCAGCCCCUGCAGGCUGAUGCAGAACCUACUUUCUAAACUGCCCAGUGCUCUUGUUAAAUGUGCAAGCUUACAGACCCAUCUGGCCCCCUAAAGCAGAAUCUCUGGAGGAUGGACCCCAAGAAUCCAUGUUUUGAACAGCCUCCUGAUGCUCACCGAAGUGUCCUCUCAGGGGCUCCUGAGGGCAGUGAAGGCUGAUUCCCUAAAACCUCUGGCCACUAACUCUGAUCACCAGCCUCCCUCUCUGUCCAAGAGGACUUCACAUCUGGCCUCCAGGUGAACCGGCAAGCUCAUUCUGCCAAGUUGCUUUGUUUCCUCACACUCUCCCUGAGCCCUCCCAAGAGCCAAGACAGAGCAGGGCUAAAUGUGAAGCCUGGAAACUCACAGAUCUGAGCCCUGCCACGGAGAGAGAGCGCUCCACACAGUGUGACCAAUCCUGACUCUGGGCCGAUGCGCGUUCUGCCAUCUCUCUACCCUGUCGGGGCGCCCAGCCAUGGCCAGACCACCUGCCCCGGGCUCGGUGAUUGUUCCAGACUGGCACGAGAGCGCCGAGGGCAAGGAGUACCUGGCCUGCAUCCUGCGCAAGAACCGCAGACGGGUGUUUGGGCUGCUGGAGCGACCAGUGCUGCCCCCACCCGUGGCCAUUGACACAGCCAGCUACAAGAUCUUCGUGUCUGGCAAGAGUGGCGUGGGCAAGACAGCCCUGGUGGCCAAGCUGGCUGGCCUAGAGGUACCCGUGGUACACCAUGAGACCACUGGCAUCCAGACCACCGUGGUAUUUUGGCCAGCCAAGCUGCAGGCCAGCGACCGUGUUGUCAUGUUCCGCUUUGAGUUCUGGGACUGUGGGGAGUCUGCACUCAAAAAGUUCGAUCACAUGCUGCCGGCUUGCAAGGAGAAAACAGAUGCUUUCCUCUUCCUCUUCUCCUUCACCGACCGUGCCUCCUUUGAAGACCUCCCUGGACAGCUGGCCCGAGUAGCAGGCGAGGCCCCUGGUGUUGUCAGGAUGGUCAUUGGCUCCAAAUUUGACCAGUACAUGCAAACAGAUGUGCCUGAGCGGGACCUCACAGCCUUCCGGCAGGCCUGGAAACUGCCCCUCCUGCGGGUGAAGAGUGUGCCAGGCCGGCGGCUGGCAGAUGGACGCACACUGGACGGGCGGGCUGGGCUGGCUGACAUUGCCCACGUGCUCAAUGGCCUGGCGGAACAGCUGUGGCACCAGGACCAGGUGGCAGCUGGCCUGCUCCCCAACACCUCUGAGAACACCCCCAGCUGAUCCCUAGUCCCAACCCUCAGGUGACCCAAGGCAGAGGGCAACACCCAGGUCCUAAGGCUGAGGCAGGAAUAUGGAUCUCAUCCUGAGGACUGGCCAGAGGGGCUGCCAGGAGGAUGGUGUCCUGAGAAGCCUCCUGCCCCAGCAGCGCCUUCCUGGCAGAAUUCAUGGCAGUGAGAUGGGGACGCAAGGCUCUUGGGGUCAGUGGUCUGAGGGCAUCUGGGUGCCCCCUGGCCUUCUCCUUCUGACCUGGGGAGUCUAGGCUCUGGAAGCUGAGGAACUGUAGGGGCAGGGCCCCAGGGCUCAAGCUUCUCCCCCAACUGCCUGCUGUCCUCCCAGAGAGGGUGAGUGGGAAGAGGGGCUGUCCCAGCUGGGCCCUAGACCUCAAGUGACUUCAAUCAAGAGCCUGUAUUAGUUGAGGUAACACCAUCUGCUGUACCAGAUAAACCCUGAAAUCUCGGUGGCUUAACUCUA